AUGUCGGCAACUACAUCCGAUCCAAAGUUCAGCAAGAACGAAGCAGGUCAUUCGGCUGAUACUGCCAGCCUCAGAAACAAGGAGCGAGGAAGCGAUGAUACUGAGAGGAGUGGUGACUUGAACCAGGAUCUGGACCAGGGAUCAGAGCCUGAGUACGCGACAUCCUUCCGUUUAAUCAUCAUCAUGUCCACCUUGAGCCUCAGUACUCUGAUCGCGGCUUUGGACCUGGGUAUCGUUGCCACGGCUAUCCCGAAGCUCACCAGCGACUUUCACGCCCUCGGCGAUAUUGGAUGGUACAGCGGCGCCUGUUUCCUUCUCGUCGGUACGACCUCCGCUCCGUGGGGUAAGAUGUACAAAUACUUCUCGGCUCAAUGGACGUAUAUGACAGCACUUGCCUUGUACCUGAUUGGGAGUAUCGUGGCCGCCACCGCACCUAGCAGCAUUGCGUUGAUCGUGGGCCGAGCUCUGCAGGGUUGGGGAUGUGCGGGCACGCUCGGCGGCUCUGUCCUGAUCAUUAACUUUACGGCGCAGCCUAAGACUCGCCCUUUACUCAUCGGCCUAUGGAUGGGCGUUUUUAUGAUCGCCACGACCAUUGGCCCCCUGAUAGGCGGCGUGUUCACGACUGAGGUCACAUGGAGAUGGUGUUUCUGGGUGAAUCUCCCGGUGGGAGGCACAGCUCUCGUACUGCAAUUCCUCUUUUUGCGUAUGCCAAAACACAUCAAGCCCGCCCCCGCGACGUGGAAGGAGAUUCUACUGCAUCUCGAUCUCCCCGGCUGGAGUUUGCUGUUCACCUCGGUCAUCUGCUUCACCUUGGCUCUGCAAUGGGGAGGCCUGGAGAAACUGUGGUCUAAUGGCUCCGUCAUCGCCACCUUGACCCUUUGGAUUGCCUUAACGAUUGCUUUCGUGAUCGUCGAGUGGUUUCAGGGCGAGUACGCCAUCAUGCCCUUGAAAAUGUUGGCGGGUCGUAUUACGUGGUCCAAUCUCUUAUACGCGUUCAUUGCCAAUCUAGCUAACUUUCAGAUACUGUUUUAUCUCCCCAUCUACUUCCAGGCCGUUCAUGGCAUGUCCGCUAUCAUGAGUGGCGUCUACUGCCUUCCGUUCAUGGCUUUCUAUACCUGCGGAGCUAUAGUCAGCGGUAUAAUUGUUGGGAAGACCCGUUUGCUACAGCCCAUCGAGUUUAUUAGUGGUCUGAUAGCCGUUCUUGGCGCCGCCCUAAUCUACUGCAUCGAUGUCAACACCUCGAAGGCGUGGUAUAUCGGCGCUCAGAUUCCUUUUGGGCUUGGAAUCGGUCUAGGAAAUCAAGUUCCGGUGACGGCGUUACAGGGAUUCGCGACGCCGGAAACCGUUGCAGCGAUGAUGGGAGUAGCUUUCAUGGCCCAAUCUAUCAGCGGUGCCUACUUUGUUUCGGCCGCCAAUUCUAUCUUCGACAACUACCUACUGCAGGCUUUGGCACGAACUGCUCCUCAAAUCGAUUCGGCAGAUAUCUUGUACAUUGGAGUAUCGGAACUUACGAAUUUUUACGAGGGGGAACAGCUGGCUGUGAUUCGAAACGCAUAUAUGGUUGGGAUCAAGGAUGUCUUCGCCUUCGCCCUAGCCGGUACCGCACUCACUGUAGUCCUGGCCCUUUUGAUCCCCUUCACAAGACUUCCUUCUCACGAGACUAAGAAGGCUGAGGAUAAGGAGGCAUCGGCCAAGGCCCCUUGA